UUAAGGAGUGAGCUGAAGUGCUCUGAAAGUGUGCUCUGUGAUUCACUCCCAUCUCUCUCACUCUGCUUACCUUCACCUCACUCCUCAUUCCUCACUCCUCACUCUCGGGCAGCAUGGCGGGGAGGUACGGGCUCAGUCUGGGGUUCUGUUUGGUUCUGUUGGUUCUUCAUUCCGCCGCAGAAACGCACAAAAAACACGAAAACGACGCGGCUCACCAUCACUCUGCCCCCUCCGGAGCUACAGGAGCACGGAAUCAGGACAAACCGAAGCGCCUCUUCGCCAGGACGCGCUACCUGCCCACAAAGCAGCUCCACGUGCAGAGACCCAAGCCUGAGACUGUGGGUGCGGCACCCGUGCCGGUGCGCCGCUGUGCCGGCCUGAUGGAGAGCUGCUCUGGACACGUUCCAUGCUGUGAUUCCUGCGCCUCCUGCCACUGUAGACUGUUUAACACCAUCUGCCACUGCUGGAGGCUGGGAAACUGCACCAAAAAGACUUAACACCUUUCUGAAGCUACAGAUUCUGAAGACGGGGGUGGAAACCUCAGAACAAUUAACUCUUAUUACAUUUAUUACAACUAUUACAAUUACAGCUAUUAUUGAUUCAAAUGACUUUGCUACAAUUAUUUAAAAAAAAUGAAUAUUAUUAUAAUUAUUAAAGAAAGAUAUUCACUACAUUGCCAAAAGUAUCUUAUCACCAUCCUUGGGGUGGGCAAUAUUAUAUCGUAUACAAUAUAUCGUGACAGAAAUAUCAUGAUAUUAAAAAUCCAUAUCGUGAUAAUAGGGCUGUUCUGUCUUAAAAGUAGUCUAUUAUUUACUGUGAAGCUUUAGUUUUAUUUAUUGUAUAAUUGUUUUAGUUUGCAGUUUAUAUGAAUGCAAUAUUAUUCUGAAAUAUUAUUUGCUGCAUUAUAUUAUUUUAUGCUAUAUUAUUUAUUUUGCCACAUUAUGAUUAUUCUGUUAUACUCUUAUACUAUAUUCCUGAAAUAUCAUUAUAUUAUUUUAGAGCCAUAUCGCCCACCCCUAGUUCUCAGUCUCUUCCACUGUGUUAUAAUAUCACUGACAGUUGGCUGUGGAAUAUUUAGUAUAUAGUAGGGGUGGGCGAUAUGGCUCUAAAAUAAUAUCACGAUAUUUCAGGGUAUUUUUUGCGAUAACGAUAUACUUGGCAAAAUAGGAAAACAGUAAAAGAAUUAAUUAUUCCUGAAUAAUUUCAGGAAUAUAGUAGUAUAAGAGUAUAAAAACAAAAUCAUAAUGUGGCUAAAUAAAUACGAUAGCAUAAAAUAAUAUAAUGCAGCAAAAAAUAUUGCAGAGUAUUUAGUGCAUGCAUAUAAACUGCAAACUAAAACAAUUAUACAAUAAGUACACCUAAAUAAAUAAUAGACUACUUUUAAGACAGAACAUCUCUAUUAUCACGAUAUGGAUUUUUAAUAUCACAAUAUUUCUGCGUCACAAUAUAUUGUAUACGAUAUAAUAUUGCCCACCCCUAGUAUAUAGUAUAUAGUAGUGAGUAGUGAAAUUUCACUACUGGACUUGUUGCUGCACAGGUGCUGCAUCCUAUCACACAGUACCACAUCUUUCACUAAUGUUUGUGGAAGCAGUCCCAGCAUGCCUGCUUGCUUUUAUUUAUACAUCUGUGUUCAUGGAAGUGAUUGAUGAACAAAUACUUUUGGCAAUACAGUGUCUAGUGUAACAGUCACAACAUACAGACAAUAAAAAAAUAAUACUUUUGUUUGUUUAUGUUUGUAGCCUAAAAAUCGAAUUCUGGAUCUCGUAGUCUAUUAUAUUUUAGUGUAGUUGAUUCUGGUGUUCUGAAAUCAGUGUCAGAAUAAAUUAAUGUAUUUUUCGCACUAUAAAUUGCACUGAAUCAUAAUGCGCAUUAUUUUUAAAGUCAAUUGAGUGCUGGAUGUAAAUCUACACCGAUUUCUCUCCUGAAAACUGUUUGUUUGGGUGAGUAAAGCGCUUCUGUUUAUUUACAGUAAGCUUAGAUUUGCAGAUUUUCAGUAAGGCGAUAUUAGCUAGCGGUUUGUCCCACGUAGCUUCUUUUAACACAGUAAACACGCAGACUACAGUCUGAUAUACUCGUCUCUGAGUGGUGAAAGGGCUAGCACGGUUAGUGGGUAAUGCUAAUGCUGCUCCAGCAGUGCUAGCCGGGGUUAGCAGCAGGCCACAGUCCGAUAUACUCGCCUCUGAACAGCGUAAGAGUUAGUGCGUUUAGCGGGUAACGUUAAUGCUGCUCCAGCAGUGCUAGCCGGGGUUAGCAGCUGACAACAGUCCGAUAUACUCACCUCUAAAUGGUAAAAGAGUUAGCGCGGUUAGCGGGUAAUGCUAAUGCUGCUCCAGCAGUGCUAGCUGGGAUUAGCAGCAAGCUACAGUCCGAUAUACUCGCCUCUGAACAGCGUAAGAGUUAGUGCGGUUAGCGGGUAAUGUUAAUGCUGCUCCAGCAGUGCUAGCCGGGGUUAGCAGCAGGCAACAGUCCAAUAUACUCGCCUCUGAGCGGUGAAAGAGCUAGCGUGGUUAGCGGGUUAUUCUAAUGCUGCUCCAGCAGUGCUAGCCGGGGUUAGCAGCAGGCUACAGUCCCACCAACUUGCCUCUGACUGGCAUAAGAGAUAGCACUUAAUGCUAGUGCGGUUAACAGCUAAUGCUAGACCUAAACUAUAACGCUCUACUGCAGAAGAGUGGCUUUACUGCUUCUCACAACCUGACUGGUAAAAUUCAAACAAAAGUGUUCCUUAUAGUGCAAAAAAUACAGUACAUUAAAAUCAUUUAAUCCAUACAUGAUGAAUAGAUGCUGCCAAAACUGGCCUUCAAAACAUCACGGAUUGCAUAAGCGACACACAUGGUUUCUGUUCAGUUUGAUCACAUGUUAGCAGACACACACAUAUCCACACAUGCACUGAAAUUCCUGGGCAAGCUAUACGACAAAUACCAGAUGAUUUAUGUUUGAGUUAAUGUGUAAAUAGUGUUUAUUCUAAUUUAGAAUUUUUAUUUUGUAUUUUUGCAUGCAUGCUUUGCAUAGUGUCUUCUCUGCUUCAGGGCACCAAAGCUGUACGCCAGCUGUAUUAUUAAUUCUUCUGUGAAAUCUCUGCGAGAGUUUCUGUAGAUACUAGGGCUGCAAGAUAUAUUGUUUAAGCAUCAUUAUCAUGAUGUGCGCAUGCGCAAUAGUCACAUCGCAGGACGCGCGACGUCACUUAAGGCAAUUAAAUCGAACAUGUCAUGUUGCAAUGUUUUGAUUCUUGAUACAGGAAGUAGAUACACAGUGCUGUCUCUGUGUCUGUGUGAGUGACAAGCUGCUGCUGUCUGAGAAGCACGAGAAGGGGAGUGAAAGCACGAGGAGGGGGUGGUGGUUGUGGGGCAGGAGUAAACACGAGGUAACCGCAGCAUGGCCUCCAUCCACAUGGUUGGGCACGUGUUUGUAAAUGUAAGCACGCGUGGAAAGCUGUGCACCUCAGUCCAGCACAGUUUUGCAGUGCAGAUAUUUCCAGUUACAGCUGAAUCCAUAUUUUAAAUCCCAGAAAAACAAACGUUCUUAUUUACCUUUUAAAAAGCCAUUUAAAAGCCUGAUUAAAGGGCAGAUUAUUGUUGUUUUACUGUUUUACUCAGGUUUUCAGUUUAGCUCAGCGCUGACUCAGCUCUUGAUUGGUCUAGACGCGAGACAGCGUGUGGGUGGGGGCGGGGCUGGUGAUGUCAUGGACCCUGCAUUGUUUAAUAUCGCCAUAUGUAUUGUUAAAAAAAGAACAAUUGCAAUGUAUUUUUUUUUUCAAUAUUGUGCAGCGCUAGUAGAUACUUUUCCACUUUUGCUAUGAGGAUUUGAUUGCAUUCAGCGACAAGAGCCUUUGUUAGAUUUAGGGUGCUGGAAAAGCACCCCCCCACAUCAUCUUCAACUCCCCUAUAUUUUUCUUUUCAAAUACAGAGAAAAUGCACAGUCUUCACCACAGUUUAGCACUAAUCCCUGUCCCUCUGUUUUUUGUAGUGACUCGAGGCAGUUCAUUCCUUCAGAAAUAUUAAAGAUUACAGAAGACAGGAGGAUCCUGAGAAAUGCCUUACAGCCGUGAAGUGACAGCCACUGCUAUAAUAAUCAUAGCCAGGUUAUGUUGACUAAACCUGAGCGUAAUGAACACUGUCUACUAUGUCUAAUUCUCGAGUAAUUUCAUUUUUUUAAUAAACGCUUCAAAAGAA